UUGUUUACCAUGAGCACGCGCGCAUAGCAGUGAUAGCCUCAAUUUAGCCACCAAAAGACACGUUUACGGGAUUUAAAGUUGAUGUGAAGAGCCUCGUUUCACACACCGGUUAAAGAAUGAGGACCCGGGCUUCGUCUUUCAGGCUGCUGAAGUCUGGCUGCGGUUAAUGUCAUGUUUAUUGUGGAGAGUUUCUAGAAGCUAAGCUAGCUGCCGUGAAGCUAACAGUGUUCCGUGAAAUGAAAUCUGCUCUUUAAGAGCUGGAUUUAAACUGUAAAUAUUGUUGUUUUUACUGAUAUAAACGAGCCAUGCGGUCUGUAAACUACGUCCAGAGAGUGAGCUUGGACUUCACGGGGACUCUGUUUCCUCACGCCAUCUGUUUGGGAGACGCAGACAACGACUCGCUCAACGAGCUGGUGGUCGGAGACACAAGUGGGAAGCUGCUCAUCUACAAGAACGACGACUCCAAACCCUGGAUCACCCGGACCUGUGUGGGCAUGCUGACGUGUGUUGCAGUUGGAGACGUCUGCAACAAAGGAAAGAACUUUGUGGUGGCCGUGGGAGCAGAGGGAUGGUUCCACCUGUUCGACCUGACGGCCACGUCUGCAAACAAGGCGGAGUCGUCCAGCCAGCACGAGUCGCUGCCGCCUGAGGACCAGAGGCCCUUCUUCACCCAGCACAUCCCGGCCAACACCAAGGUCAUCCUCAUCAGCGACAUCGACGGAGACGGGCGCUGCGAGCUGGUGGUGGGCUACACCGACCGGGUGGUGCGAGCGUUCCGCUGGGAGGAGCCCUACGAGGGGUCAGAGGUCGGAUCGGGACAACUGGUCCUGCUGAAGAAGUGGCUCCUGGAGGGACAGGUGGACAGUCUGUCGGUGAACCCGGGCGUGGAGGGACUGCCGGAGCUCAUGGUGUCCCAGCCCGGCUGUGGCUACGCCAUCCUGCUCUGCUCCUGGACCCAGCAGGACUCCAGCGGGUCCGGAGACGAGGCCCCUGCCACCCCGGGCAGCGAGGGGCCUUCCAGAGAUGUAGUUCUCCAUCCGACCACCGGGCGGAUCCACAACAAGAACGUUUCCACUCACCUGAUCGGCAGCAUCAGCAAAGGUUCGAAGGAGGAGUCGUCUAAAUGCGGGCUGUUCGCGCUCUGCACUUUAGAUGGAACCCUGAAGCUGAUGGACAGCUCCGAGCAGCUGCUCUGGUCGGUCCAGGUGGAUCAUCAGCUGUUCGCUCUGCAGAAGCUGGACGUCACCGGCGACGGCAGAGAGGAGGUGGUGGCCUGCGCCUGGGACGGGCAAACCUACAUCAUCGACCACAACCGGACCGUGGUUCGGUUCCAGUUUGACGAGAACGUCAACGCCUUCUGCGCAGGACAGUACACGUGUAAGGAGGGCAGGAACAGCCCCUGCCUGGUGUACGUCAGCUUCAACCACAAAAUCCACGUGUACUGGAAGGUGGAGCUGGAGCGGAUGGAGUCCACCAACCUGCUGCGGGUUCUGGAGCGGCGGUCCGGGUUCGGGGAGCAGCUGGCGGCGCUGGGAGUCGAUGCCGAGGACCCGGCUGCAGUCAGAGCGCUGGUCUCAGACGUCCUCUAUGGAGAUGGACACACGUAGCGCAGCGACACCCCCCCCCCCCCUCCCUCCCUCCCUCCCACCCAGCUGUAAAUAAUAAAGAGUGACCGUG